AUGGUCAAUGCCCCAAAGGAGUCGUGGGUCAGCCCGAUUAUAGACUAUCUGAAGGAUGGAGUGGUGCCAACAGACAAGAGGGAGGCUAGGAGACUAGUUUACAAGUCAGUCCGAUACACCUUGGUGGAUGGGGUCCUAUACAAGAGGGGGUUUUCUGUGCUGCUCUUGUGGUGUGUUGAUGAGGAAGAAGCUAUGAAGGUGCUGUAUGAAAUACAUGAGGGUGAAUGUGGCAACCAUGCAAGUGGACCGUCCACGGCUCGGAAAGCCAUGAGGCAAGGGUACUACUGGCCUUCCAUGGAGAGAGAUGCUAAUGAUUUCGCAAGGAAAUGUGACAAAUGCCAAAGGUUCGGGGUGGCCUACAAGAUUAUUUCUGACAACGACACUCAAUUUGAAGGGGGAACGUUUGAGGAAUACUGUAGGGAAAGGGGCAUAAGGAGGAGCUUUUCGGCCGUCGUGCAUCCACAUGCCAAUGGCCAGGUGGAGGCCAUCAACAAGGUCCUAAAGAGAAACUUAAAGACAAAACUAGAGAAGAUGAAGCGUGCUUGGGUCGAGGAGUUACCGAACAUGCUUUGGGCCUACAAAACCACUCCCCGCACUACCACUGGAGAGACCCCAUUCUCCUUAGCAUAUGGAUGUGAGGCUGUCCUCCCGAUUGAGAUAAAGAUUAACUCGCACAGGAUACAGGCAUACGAGGACCAGGUCAACCAUGCGGCAAUGGCUGAAAGCUUGGACAUGCUGGAGGAGAGAAGGGAAAAGGCGCAAAUGAGGGUGACGGUAUACCAGCAGCGGGCAGCCAGAUAUUAA